CAUCCUCAUCACUACAAUCGAGUACCAUAAUUCCUGAACCAUCCUCAUCACUACAAUCGAGUACCAUUGUUCCUGAACCAUCCUCAUCACCACAAUCGAGUACCAUAGUUCCUGAGCAAUCCUCAUCACUACAAUCGAGUACCAUAGUUCCUGAGCCAUCCUCAUCACUACAAUCGAGUACCAUUGUUCCUGAACCAUUCUCAUCACUACAAUCGAGUACCCUAGUUCCUGAACCAUCCUCAUCACUACAAUCGAGUACCAUUGUUCCUGAACCAUCCUCAUCACCACAAUCGAGUACCAUAGUUCCUGAGCAAUCCUCAUCACUACAAUCGAGUACCAUAGUUCCUGAGCCAUCCUCAUCACUACAAUCGAGUACCAUUGUUCCUGAACCAUCCUCAUCACUACAAUCGAGUACCCUAGUUCCUGAACCAUCCUCAUCACUACAAUCGAGUACCAUUGUUCCUGAACCAUUCUCAUCACUACAAUCGAGUACCCUAGUUCCUGAACCAUCCUCCACCACGCCCCAGCUGCAACCCACAGAAACUGGUAAUACGGGUAGUCCAACUUCCUCAACGCAAGCCACUACAAUCAAUAUUGUACCGGUACAGAUGAGGAUACUGAAUGUUGGAUUUGUGGAGAGCUAUCGAGACAAAAACAGUAUCGAUUAUAAAAACCUUAGAAGUAUGGUAGAAGCAAGUCUGCUACUCGUAUUUGAAAAGAUGGGAGGAUUUUUUAGAAUAUCUGACGUGGAUUUUGAGGAAGGAAGUGUCAUCGCCAAUAUCCAUACUGAGUUUUCAUCUGAAAGUACCCAUGUCAGCACUAGUAGUCUCGCAAGGGCAGUUGUUGAUGCUAGUGACGAAAAUGGCAAUUUGGGUGAACUUCGCUCUGAUACUUCAUUUCUCCAGAAACAAAUUACUCCCACUGCUCCUCCUACGACUGAAAGUCCUAACAAUGAGGAUGAUGAAAGAGGAGAUAGCAAUGCAUUCAUUGGUGCCGUAGUUGCCAUUGGAUCAGCAGCAUUGGUUUGUGUCAUUCUGGCUGUGUGCCUCGUAAGUAUUAAUAUACAAAAUUAAUAAGAGCAAGACGCCGGCUCAGUUAUACACCCAUAUUGCAAGGGUUAGAGCAGCAAGUCGUCUACUCAGGUGUAGUAUACUAUACCAUGCAAUAUAUAAUAAUGGACAUGAACAUGCAGUUGAUGUAGAGUAAACAUUUCUCAGUUGAGACAUCGAUAUUCUACACUAGGUCCAAUAAAAUAUUAUGUAGCCGUUUAACGGUCAAUGUAAUCUGCAGGCCGCUCGCUCCUGACCAGAUAUAAACAAUCCACCAAAGUCUUCGGAAACUCGGCCAAAGUCUAUGCUGUAUGCCUUUAUCUUUUUGUUAUGAUGCCUAAUUCGCAGCAAUAUGUAUAAUAUUCCUUCUGCCACUCACGCUAUCCCUUUGCAACGCUAUGAACCCAACAUUUUAAUAAUUUGAAACUGGCAAGAACCGUAGUAAAUCGUCAAAAACUACUUGAGAAACUCAGUAUCAUUGAAUAAAAAUAUUGCAUCUAUACAUGAACGUACUUGCUGUAUUCUACCUUUUGAAGUCAAAUAUGAGCAAAAGUUGCAAGCAGCGAAACAUGUUUACGUGAAUCAUUUCUUUUCAAACCUUAACAUGUACACAAUCUUCUUCAUUUAAGGUAUGUUAUUUCAAGAACAAGACGGCUGGGAAAAGACAACCAGUUGUCGUUUUUGAAUUAAAUUCUUCCCAAGUCGGCUCUCACGAAAAUCAUCGCUUCGAUCCUUAUUAUGAAGAAUAACGCAAUGCAUUUUUGUUAGAAUUUAGCGUAUUAGACGAAAUGCUUCACGACUGACAAAAUAAUGUAGAAAAGUAGAAAACAUUGUAACUUACCUGCAGCAAGCACUUUUUUAUGGUCGAACUUAGUUUCCGUCCAGGUCUACACGACAAAAAUAAUAAUUUCACAUAGUAUUUGUAUCACACCUGCACAAUUUUGCUUAUUAUAUAUCUUAUGUAAUGUUGCAUUUGAUCAUGCAAGCACUUAAUUAUUGCAUAUCAUUUUUGAUAAAAUAUUAGUACAUCAAUUUUAUAGUUGUAGUAUGUUUUGUACUAUGAUUGCACCAUAUAUC